AUGUCAUUUUACCACCGUGAAGAUUACGAGCCGUUGGAUUCGACUCUGAACCUCCUACUGAUUUAUUUUGAGUGCUGUCUGCAGCCCCAGAGCAUCAUGGGAAUUUCAGGCCUGCUGCAGUUCCUCAAAGACGCCUCAGAGCCAGUGAACGUCAAGAAGUACAAAGGACAAAGUGUAGCUGUGGACACUUACUGCUGGCUCCACAAGGGGGCGUUCUCCUGCGCUGAGAAGCUGGCUAAAGGAGAGACCACAGAUCAAUAUGUGUGGUACUGCAUGAAGCUGGUGGACAUGCUUCUGAUGUUCGGAGUGAAGCCCAUUCUGGUGUUCGAUGGUCGAAACCUACCGUCGAAGAGAGAAGUGGAGAAGACCCGCAGAGAGCGUCGAGAGCUAAAUCUACAGAAGGGCAAACAGCUUCUGAGAGACGGAAAACUGUCAGAGGCUCGAGAAUGUUUCAAUCGCUGCGUGAAUAUAACUCCAGCCAUGGCCCACAACCUGAUCAAGGUGGCGCGCUCCCGUGGCGUGGACUGUCUCGUGGCGCCGUAUGAAGCCGAUGCGCAGCUCGCCUUCCUCAGUAAAAGGGGUUUGGCUCAAGCUGUGAUCACAGAGGACUCGGACCUGCUCGCCUUUGGCUGCAAGAACGUGAUCCUGAAGAUGGACAAGCAGGGGAACGGUCUGGAGAUCUCCCAGAGUCACUUUGGGCGAGUGAAGUGUUUAGGAAAUGUGUUCACGGAGGAGAAGUUUCGUCACAUGUGCAUCAUCUCCGGCUGCGACUACCUGCCCUCCCUCCACGGCAUUGGCCUGGGCAAGGCCUGCAAACUGCUGAGGCUGUCCCGCGAUCCGGACAUUCUCAAGGUCAUAAAGAAGAUGGGCCAGUACCUGAAGAUGGACCUGCUGGUACCGGACUCGUACUUGGAGGGUUUCACUCGGGCCAACAACACGUUUCUGUAUCAGCUGGUGUUCGACCCGAGGAGCCGGAGAGUGGUCCCUCUGAACCCUUACCCCGAAGACCUGGACCAGGGCCAGGACCUGAGCUACGCCGGGCUGAACCUUGGAGAUCAGAAGGGUCUGCAGAUGGCUUUGGGAAACCUGGACCUGAACUCUCUGGAGAAGAUUGACGACUUCAACCCAGACACGGCCCCUCAAACACAGAGUAAAGCUCGCAGUCGCAGUUGGACCGACGCGCCCUCCUCCCUCCCGAUCAGCUCUAUCUGGACCAGAGAUGCCUCCACAGCACCCCCUACAGGCUGCAGUAGAGAUGCCUCCACAGCAACCCCUAAAGGCUGCCACUCUCCUCCUCCUGCAGACAACAGAACCUCCUCCAGGGGGCAGCACAAGCUUCUGAGUGUGGCUCUGAAGCUGCAGCUCAAACGGCCAAGAGAAGAUUGUCCGCUGUCGGAGCAGGACAUGUUUCUGCAGUAUUCUUCAAAGGACCAAAAGAGGCAGAGAACCACCCCUGCCCUCUCCUCCUCCCCCAAACCUCCCCCCCACAGUCGGAACCGGUUUGCCACGUUACUACAGCAGAGGAACCAGAGCGACGAGGGGAGCGAGGCCACACGCAGCAGGUUUUUCCGCAGCUCUCCUCCCCCCUCUCCCCCACUGAGCUCCCCCCAUAGUGACCCAGAUGACUGCGAGGCUCCAGAGGCUCCCUCUGUGGACACUCCCACCUCCUCUCCUACUGCGCCACCUGCCGAGCCUCCUGCCGAGCCUCCUGCCGAGCCUCCUGCAGUGUCCCCCUCCGCCACCAGGGGGCAGCAGCUUUUCCACUGGUCCAGCUCUCCUCCCUCACUCCCUCCACAGUCUGGACUCUCAGCUCUGAAGAGGUUCAGGUUCAAGAAGACCAUUGAGACUCACAGUUCUCCUACACACAGCCUCUCCCCCACUCCAGACUCUCAGGACAGUGCGUACUUCUCCCAGCCCCAGGCCCCCACAGAGACCCCCCCUGAGGGCACUCCUGAGGAGGCGGCCCUCUGCACCGCACACGAUCUGGACAGAAACACUGAAGCAGAUCUGAGGUCAGCGGACAGGAUACUGGGCACGCCAACUUAUAAGGCAGCUGGUCUCUCUCGUCCGCAUUCCUCUCAACCUGUCAAACCUCGAUCUCUGGGUCCGGCUCGGGUCAGUGGUCUCAGGAAGUCCGGCUCCAGACCUGGACCCAGACCUGGACCCAACAAUGAGAACAGUCCCUCCGUCCAGGCCACGAUCAGCGGACUGUGGAAGCACUACAGCUUCAGCAAAGUUGGUCCAAAGAUGGUUCGGAAGGAACCUCUAUCUCCAGUGAAAGACAACACGAUUCUUCAGUGA